AUGCAGCAGUUGACAGUAGCAGCAGCGGCGUGGCAGCGAAUCAAGCUUUCCCCUAGAAGCAGCGACAGGUGAUGUUCAGCAUGUAAGAGAAGUCGGUACACGUGAUUGGAUCAAACAGAUCUACCCGAAGUUCCUGCACGAGCUAGAUGGUCCUGUUCAUGUUUCAUUUAUUAAGCAGAAUAUGCUCUUGCUCUUCCUCUUGGUCAUGAUGAAUAUCAUGAUACUUAUAGAUACAUAUUUCUGACCAAACUUUGACUUUCUGAACACAUGAAUUCGCUCUAUCAACAUCCUAGCCGAGAAUGUACUUGAACGAAAACUUGAAUGAAAACAGGAUGUUCCCGGCUGAAGCUGAAGAGUCCUUUGGCCUAAGGCUAAGGGCGGCCAACAGAACUGGUCCGCACGUGCUGUCUGCAUACGCAGAGCCGAAGGCAUGGGACGGAAUUCGUAUCCACGCAACUGUGAACGACGAGGCAACGAAGCUUCAUUUUAUGACAGGACAGAUGUAUGAACAUGACGGAUGAGGAGACCGCAAGAAAAGAUACAGAAGGCUACUGUGUGCUUCCUUGGAAUUCAAUUUUUAGAAUUGAAGACACUUCUGGCUCUGCUACUCGUGGCGGGUAUGCGUUGUAGUUGUACCCAACCUAUCAGAUUGGUGGUUGGGGUCCUUGCGCCGUUUUAGAUUUGGCUUUGAUCAUUUUGAUCUAAGUUUUGCGUCGGUUUGUUGGAGCCGCGGCGACCGAAGCAGGAUGAAGUCUAUGACCAGGGCUCGUCAGGUGAAUGCUCACGGAGAGAGAGGAACGUAUUCGGAGCACAAGAGGCUCUACAGUAUCAAGAUGCAAGUAGAAAAUCCACGACAAGGCGUGCAGAUGCAAAUCCGAUGGAUGAGAGUAACCGCUCACAUAAUAGGAGUCAGAUGAGCGAGCAGCGAGAGAAUGAACGACUAGGAACGAGAGAACGAGAAGUAGAUUUGGUUGUGCUAGAACAAAGCGACCAGAUGGAGGAACAGGAAGCCGCAUCUGACGACGGAGACACUGAAAAUGGUCGGUCCACGGAAAGCCAGCGACAGCAGGAAGUCGAAAAAGAAGCUGUAGUUUCAAAAACACGGGAACUACGUGUACGCGAAGCAGAUGGAAGUCGCCUCGUGCCCGCACCUCUAAAUGUCUGCACCGUUUCCCUUGAACAGCUCGAAGUCAAGACGCAAUAUUACAUUUGGUGUCUCGCUUCGAAGAAACGUUUUGACGUUUCGAGCAGCCUGGUACUGUCCCAACUCUCAGAGGUUUUUCCUGAACCAAAACAAGAUCGUCCUAAUUUUUUGCCUAGCGUACAGGGGGAGCAGGAGACGGCGUCAUUUCCACGACCGCGACGAUCUGUGAGUGCCACAGACAGUGACGGCGCUGCUCCUCUCGAUGAGAUGUUUGGACCUGGUAGAAGAGUCAAUACAACUCCGCCGUCUGAAAUAAAUGCAGGUCUUCUGCUGGCUGACGAGAUAAGUAAGCUUUACCUCGUUUAGAGAUACAAAUACAACGCUUACUACCAGAGCGAUUUUGUGUACAACGACCAUAUCUUCAGGUUUACGAUUACGGGUAGCCUUUCGUCGUUUGUUGAUGUGAGGAAUCCUGAAGAGGAAUUUCUCUUUGCUUUCAAAGGAGAUGCAAGAGAUAUACUCUGGGAAUCACUCAAUGAAGUAGGACAGAAAACUGCCGCUAAUAUUCACGCACCGCACGCGCCCGACGCCACGCGUGAAACAAAGAGAACUGCACCACGCGACGCUGAAGAAGAAAUAGAAGAUUCUGGUGGAUCGCGAUGGUAUAGUGCCACCAACUACAUGAUCGUACAACCCUCAUCUUCAGGUUCAGCAGCGCGACCGUUCAAGGAUGACAAGAGUGGUGGAAUCGGUGUCUUGGAUCGCGUCACCGGAAAGCCGCCUCUUACGCUUGACGUGGCAGCAAAUCAGAUACACCGUGUUAUAGGUUUCGAGAGCCUUGCUGUCGUCAUCCUAAUUCUGCAGUACACAUGCUACACAAUCUGGCGGCAGAAGAAGACGACGCGGAAAAUGAAAAUCAAAAAUGCUGAUAGAAGUACGACAGCCAAGAAAUACAGGAACAGGGAGCAGCAGGAGGUCGGAU